GAAUCGCUGCCAGUGAUAACCGAACAUCCGCUUGAUGUGAUUGUAGCGAAGGGUGAACCAGCGACAUUAAAUUGUGCAGCAAAGGGACCCGAUAUACAAAUUUUAUGGUUCAAAGAUGGUGAACCAGUAACGACAAGUAAAGAAGAGAUUAAUUCACAUCGUUUAGUUCUCAGCACUGGUGCAUUAUUUCUUCUUCGUGUUAAUAAUGGAAAAAGUGGAAAAGAUGCCGAUUCGGGAGUGUAUUACUGUGUUGCCAAAAAUAAAUAUGGUGAGGCGCGUUCAAGAGAAGCAACGUUGAAAAUUGCGAUGUUGAAAGAUGAUUUUCGAGUUAGACCGAGGACUCUCCAGGCUAUCAUUGGUAAUCGUGCGAUUCUAGAAUGUUCGCCUCCUCGCGGAUUUCCAGAUCCAGUUGUUUCAUGGAGAAAAGAUGAGCGUGAGCUUAAUCCUCAAGAUGAUCCAAGGAUAACUUUGCAUCCUGGUGGAAAUCUCAUUAUAGAUAAAGUUGAACGAUCAGAUAGCGGUUUUUACCAAUGUAUUGCCACAAAUAUGGUUGGUGAAAAAAUCUCAAAUCCGGCUCGAUUGUCAGUUCACGAGAAACCUCAUUUUCUGCAAGAACCACGCGAUGUUACAGCGGAAGUUGGUUCAUCAAUAAUGUUUGAUUGUCGUGUUUCUGGUGAUCCAGUGCCGUCAAUAACAUGGAAAAAAAGAAACCAACAAAUGCCUGUUGGUCGUGCCUAUAUCGCUGCUGAUAAUAAGGGCCUUCGUAUUGAUAGGAUUCAACCAAGUGAUGAAGGUGAAUAUUUAUGUCAAGCAAAAAAUCCUGUUGGCAGUAUAGAAACAUCUGCUCGUUUACGAGUUCACUCUAAACCUUCAUUUAUAAAAACGCCUUUGGAUGUUAGUGUGGAAAUUGGUGAAGUGGCUAAAUUCGAAUGUGAAGGUGAAGGACAACCAAGUCCAGCAAUAUUUUGGUCGAGAGAAGGGCAACAGGACCUCUUAUUUCCUGGACACGUUUCGCAAGAUGGUCGAAUUAAAGUCGAUGCGAGCGGUGAAUUAACAAUAGUAAAUGUGAAACCAUCAGAUAGAGGCAAUUACGUUUGCGCUAUCAUGAAUGCUGCUGGAAGUAGUCUAGCUAAGGCUGCACUUAAAAUUAAUGACGCAAGUACUGUUUAUAAACUUUUUGUAGAAUAUCUUCAUUCUGUUGAAAAAAAGGCCGAAAUGCUGAUUGAUAGAAAGACAAGAAAAAGGGAUUGUUAG